UGUGCCAUUAUGCGAAUCCCCGCGGGUAACUUUGUCGUUGUUCCAAAUAAUUAGCCAAGCAAGGAAAAUUGGCAACGUACGCCUCUUAGCCCUCGCUUUGAUCCAGUUUGCGAGUGUACAAUUAUGUUCACUCCGGCUCUGAAACGCCCCAUAUUUCAAUUCGUGACAAUUGUACUAAGAAACGUCCGUCAAUUUAAAACCAACAUUAAUAUGGCGAAGUCAACAUAGAAGUGUAUAUAAAAACGAAUGUAAAUAAGUUAGAAAUGGUGCUACUAAUGAUCAUGACGGCUCAAAUACGUAUCAUAAAAGUAAUGAUGUUUCUGUUUGGUAAGCUUUUGGAAACGUUAACUUGCGCACAUAACUUUUCCUGACAACACACUUAUCAUUUUCGAUUUACCUGAUAUGGUAGGAUGGCUAACAUUCGAUGUCUGCGGAUGCGCUGUCUUCAAGCCAAGAUAUGAAAGGCAAUCAUAAUUGACUGUAGCCAUAUAAGGCACACAACAGUUUCAUGAUGACUCAAAACACAACCGUGGGAUGAACGAGUGACAACUUUCCGGAUUAGCGGACCGUUUAAAAUUAAUUAAUUAUUCCCUCGUCCUGCAAGUGUCAACACGUCAGAAGUGUCCACUUAAUUUGAGGGGAGAGGGUAACUAUUUUAAGAGUUUGAAACGCAGCCCUCGAUUGAGAAUCCAAGCGUCGAAUACGUACGUCAGUGAAAAAUAUUUUUUUGAGUGUCUGCGCUCAGAGUGUACAGGAAACCAACACUCCGCCGAUUUACAAAUAAAUAUAGCUACGUUUUGGUUACGUUUGUUGACAAAUUGUUUAUCUCAGAUGGAGAGCCACAGUGGUGACAACAUCCCUGCAUCGAAAUGCAGCUCAGUGAAAUAUUACACAACGUUACCCUCCGAGACUACACCAACUGAAGAUGGCGAGCAUUCUUCCGAGCAAGCUGGUGGUACGGAGACGAGACCGAGAAGUGGAACUUCGACGCAAUAUAUUCCAAAAGCGGGGGACCACUUACACUUUCAGAUACCGAGAAAGAACAAAGAAAAGAGAGCGUUGUUCCAGUAUGUGUCCUCAGAGUCCAGGGAGUUUGAGGACAUCUUGACUAUUCUGUCUUCCAGCUACAUAGAAGCCAGCUCCAACGGGACGUUCACAUACACCAAGCUAAGAAUCGUCCACAACAAACUGCUGGAGAAGAAUUUUGUAGAGAAAAGGAGGGAGCUGAAGCUGGAUGGGAGGACGGAGAAGGAGCUGGAGGAGACCCACUGUUUCCUGACUGCUGACUCCACCAUGCUACCAUGGAUCUGUGAGAAUGGACUUCUUGUGGGGCACAGCUGGAUCACCGCUCUGGGAAAUCCAGCUAAGGGUGUUUAUUUGUCUAAAUACUCAGACUUACUGCAGAUCAAUCCUUUUAACCCUGGAGUCAUGGGAGAGAUCAUCAUAUUCAAGGUUAUCAAGGGUAAAGUAAAGAGCAUCUAUGAUAACAUGUCUAAGAACCUUUUGGAUCCCACACUCAAGUUUGACAGCCAUUUAUCGAAGAAUGCCAGCAUAGUCACAUCUCUCACCUCCUAUAGAGCCUAUGAGCUCACUCAGCAAUACUUCUAUGAGUAUGACUUUGAUGAGCUGAAGGCUCGGCCGAGGCAUGUGUGCCCCUAUGCAGUGGUCUCUUUCCAGUUCAAAGGCAAAGAUGCUCCGUUACAAGCCAAGCCCAUGGCUCCCCUAAGGUCAAACAGCCAAACAGGAAGUAAAGGCAGGAGUAAAUACACAGUGUGGAGUGGAGAGCUUGUGAAUGAGGGUAGAGUAGUGUCCCAGGUCUCCUUCUGCUCCUUCUCUCCCCCCUUCCUGCCUUUCAAACUGCCAGAGAAGCUGGAGCUGGGUCUGGUGAUGAGUAUGGACCAGGUAACUCAGAUGAUCCCCUCGGCUCUGUUCUCCUGGAACCUGUACGCAGGCAGCCACCAAGUGUUGAAGAGUGGGACACACUGCAGUCUGCUGGAGGUGGUGGAUAAGAGCAAGUCAGGAGACUGUCUGGCAGCACUGCUUCAAGGCAUGGAGACACAGCGACUGGUUCUUGUCCACAUGUUGGCUGACAAAGGAUUCCUGUUCCUCCUGUCUUCAGUUCAGAUGGCCACUCCAACUGAAAGAAGAGAUGGGUUGAAAAAAUGCCUUCGAGCGUUAUUUGUUUUUCAGGAGUCCAGGGACGUGGCAAAAUACAGUUCAAAGUGUCCAACUACGCAGGAGCCUUUACAGACGUCCUCCCGUGACCCCGCCAUGCCCCAGCUGAACAGCUUUGUCCCAGCCCUGCAUCACGCCCUGGUCAAGGUGCGCUGCAACCCGCCCGCUGACCUCUCGGCCGGGGUCGAGCGCCAGGCCAGGGACUACCUCAGUGGACUCCACCAUGGAAAGCGCCGCCACAUCCCCAUGACUGAAUAUGACACCAAGCUGGAUGACCGGGGGAAGCUGUUCCCGGCUCCCAAACACCACAAACUCAACACGGAGGGCUACCUGCGCUCCUACAUCUACAACCCCAACCUCUACACCAUGCCUGUUUUCCAAGCCAAGGAGAUGGUAGAGAGUUACUGCACUGUGCCCGAUGACAACAGCCCUGUAAUGGGCUGGGAGGGCAGUGGAGCCAAGUCAGUGGUAGGGUCAGAGGUAAAUCCUUAUGGUGCCACUGCUGCCCAGUCCCCGGGGGUCCAGGUCAACCACUCUCUCUCUCAGUUUCCCACUGACGCCAAACCUCAGAAGUUGAAGGAGCUGAUUAACCUGAUACUGUGUUGGAGGAACAUAGAGGGGGACGUCCGGAAGAAGGGAGUGCCGCAGGGAGGACGAAAGCAGGGGGCAGGUGGGUUGGACCCCCGAGGACUGAAGAGGAAGACUGCAGAGAGGACUCUGAACUACCGGAAGAAGGCCUCACAGGAAAGAGGCAGAAGGGAUAGGAGAACAGCAGCAGCUGCUGAAAAGGGCCAGAGCCCUUCUUAUCUGUCCUCUGUGAUGCUGCAGAGUGUUGGUCUGAGAGAUGUGGACCUGAGGAGAGACCGCUCAGAGGCUGCUUUCAAGUUGUCUGAGGGGAGAGGAGGAGGAGGAUGGUCAAGAAAGGGGACACAGCAGACUAAAGCUCUGCUGUUUGAUAGGAUGAUCAAGCUGGGCCUGCCGCCCAAUCAGGACAUUGACCUGAGGAAACGACAUUCUGGGGGCCUGCAGGUCAAGGCUGACUUCUUGGAGACAGCAGGGAGCACGAACAGUCUGGAGGGCUUCAGCCCCAGUUCCAAUGGUGAAAUGCCCAGAAGAUCACAGUCCCAAUAUCAGGGGGAAGAACAGAUGCCAUGGGUCCUCAUCCCCAUCACAGGGCUGAAGUCAAACAAGUACUGCCUGAGCCAGAAGGACAACCUUCAGGACCCACGCUUUGUUCCCCAGAUCCCUAUGGCAAACAGAAGCUACCCCCCCUGUGUCCCGGAACGACGGGAAAGAAGCAUCAACUCUACACUAGAGGAGCUCCCACAGCAUAGCCUCAGUACUUCCCUAGAGGUGUCAGAAGAGCCUAGCCCCUACUCCAGUCCCUGCCCAAGCGCCUGCUCUUGCUCCAGUCCCAUGGUGGGUGAGCAGCAAUUAGCUGAAACCCCCUGUGACCCCACAGAAAUAAGCGGCAACCAUAAGACGAGCACAGACAAGAAGACGAGCACAAACCAGAGCUUCUUUCAAAUCCCUGGUGCUCCAGCGAGCACCAGGCUACUAGACAAGUGCCGCAGCCCCUCACCUGAGCCAAAGCCAAAUGGAGAACCUAGCCCUGUGGAGGCUGGGCAGGAACAGGUUGAAGGCAGCACAGGAAAAGUUAUAUCUGGCGUGGUUGCUGAAGAUCCAACCACAAUGGAUGUUGGACAAGAAGAGGGGGAGGAGGUAGAGGAGGAAGAAAAAGAGUUGGAGGAGGACGAUGUGAUUGAAGUGGUAGAUGAAGAGGUGGAGACGGUUAUAAAGCAGACAGAAGAGGUGUCACCACCCUCUCUUGACCUCAGUUCUCCUGAGCAGAUUCCCGUCCAAAAUCCUCCCCCCAUCCAGAACACUCCUCCCGUCCAGAGGCCCGUGCUGAGCAGAGUGAACUGUGUCCUGGACCAGCAGUUCAGCGACUUCUCUACAGAGAUGCAGAUCCUCCUGCUCAGAGAGAGUGUCCACUACAGCUCCCCGCUGAUCCCUAGCCAGAGUCCUCCAGGCCAUCCCCCCAUCCUGCCCUUCUCUGAGUAUGUCUCCUUCUACAACACCUCCCCGCCUAUGCAGGACUACGUCAGCUCCCUGAGAGACCGCAUGGGCACCGUCAUAGACACACAGGAGCAAUGGAUUCCUAGCAUGGUGGCCACUGACUCUCCCCUGGUAUUUUCUAACAAUAACCACCACCAUGCUAGCCACGUUCAUAGAACUACAUACAACUGGUACCCUUCUUCUCGUGGCCCUGUUUCUCACUCUGUCCCUGUCUGCCCCUGGUCGUGCUAGUUUAGACUCUUACAGUUCUCUACCUGUGUCUCAUUCUGUCCCCAACUGCCACUCUCCUGCCUCUCCUUCUGGCCCCGGCCUUAACCUUGCUAGUUCAUCCACUUACAGUUCUUUAUCAGUUUCUCAGUUUCCCUCAGCUGUGUCUCAGUUUAAUAGUAAUAAUAACAAUCAUGUUAUUAUUCGCUCUUCAUCCUUCCCCGGUCCUGGCGCUGCCUCUCCUUUUACCCCUCCCCUCUACAACAACCCAGCCCAGACAGAGCUGCCUCUAUCUCAGCUGCACUCUAGUCUAGCGCCCCUCCCCAUCCAACCACUGGCACUGGGCAACCAGUGGAUAACAAGAGCGCAAACAACAGAGAACCCGGACUCAGACUGCUGAGAGCAACUGGGAACGUGCAAGCCAAGUGCUAUGUCAACCACGACAAAGAACACUGACUUAGAUGCUCGAGGGCUACGGGGAAAGUGUAAGGCACAAACGAGUGCAACGUUUCAAUCAAAAGACAAUGUCAUAAAUGUUGAUCCUCCGGUUCCAGAAGCCACCAUGGUGGCUCCACAUCAUCUCACUCAGAUGAUUGAGAGUUCUUCAGGGGUGGGAGGGCCUUUCCCAAGCUCAUCCACCUGCACCCAUCAGUAGUCUGAUUAGCCAGCUGAAACCUGAGCUGUUCAGUAACCUGGUGAAAAUUAUAAAAGAUGUCCAGAAGAACUCUGUCCAGUUCUACAUCCACCAUAUCAAGGAGUACCUCCAGAGAUUGGGGAACAUAGAAUAGUCCUGAGAGUUUCUUGGAAAAAGAGAACCAUUUGGAAAAGUAUGGUUCUCAUGCAGAACAAGGAAAUCACAGCUCACGUUCGUAAGGUACUUGAAAACAAUCAGUCAUUCCACGAAAUGAGUACCUUUUGUGUCCCUUUGAUAUUUUAAGUAGAAAUUGUGCACCGCUAAUGGAUUUUAAAAGCCUUUUAAAUUAUGAAGUGCCCUUAAUUCAAUACAUUUUUGAAUGAAAAGACUUCUACUUUGAAGAAUCUCAAAUAUAAAAUAUUUUGAUUUGUUUAACACAUGAUUCCAUGUGUUAUUUCAUAG